CAAUCCCCUCCCCCUCCCAACUCCCCCCUCCCCUUCUCUCCUUGCUCGAACCAAAAGCUAUCUCUUCUCUCCCUAAUUCCAUCGAAAUCCCUUCCGUCGCCUCGAAAUGUGGUGAUACGAACCCUUCUUCGAAGCCAUACUCCUCGAAGUUUUUCUCAGAUCGGAAAUAGAGAGAGAGAGAGAGAGAGAGAGAGAGACGAUGUCGGAGAACUGCGCCGCCGCCGCCGCCGCCAUCGAUCCCUGGUCCUGGAUCUCCGACGCGUUCGCAAAAGAAAACGAAGCGCUGACGAGAGCCCUCCAGAUCUCGCUUUCCGGCGUCGACUCCACCGUCUCCACCCCCUCCCCCGUGUCCGCCGAUGCCCUCUGCUCAUCCCCCUCCUCCCUCCUUAUAAAUCUUAUCAAUCCUGAGCCCCCCGUCUCUCCCUCCAAUCCCCACUCGGGCUCGAAGCGACCGGCGGUGGAGGUGGCGGCGCCGCCGGCGACGGGGAGGAUCUCGAAGAAGAAGUCGCGGGCGUCAAAGCGGUGCCCGACUACGUACAUCAACGCGGACCCGGCCAACUUCCGCCAGAUGGUCCAGCAGGUCACCGGGGUCCGGUUCGGCGAUGCCAAGCUCCCGGUCGAACCGGUGUUGAAGCCCGAGCCGCAGCGGGCCGCCGUGAGCCGGCCCGCGAUCCUGCCUCAGAGUUGCCUCCCGACGCUGGACACCUCUGCUUUUUUGUUGGACCGGGCCGCGGUUGACGUGCCGGUGCCGGCUUCGCUGGGUUCGACUGGACCGGUGGUUGACGGGCAGGUCGGGUUUGAGUUCGAACCCUUUCCGAGCUUCCCGACCCUGGAGUCUUGGGGCGUCAUGUAGGCGACAUCAGUAGAGAGAGAGAGAGAGAGAGAGAGAGAGAGAGAGAGAGAGGAGCCAAUAAAUCGUUCCCCUCAUGGGAUGGUUUAGUUUUGGUUUUUUAGAGACGUCGACCAGGGUUUUUUCUUCGUUUCUUUUUCCUUUGCUGUACAUGCAGUGGAGCGGGGGUCAGACUUCUGCUUUUUGUUGUCUUUUUUACUAUGAAUAGUAUGGUAGCCUUCUAACUA